UACACAUUCUGCGCAAAUAUGACUGCAUAGUUUCUUGAUAAAAUAUACCUGAAUAUCUUUUGUAUCAUAGACAGCACAUUCUUUGUGGUAAUCGUCUUUACAAGUUGAGUAUACCAUACUUUAGUUCGUAAUUAUGUCGAAUAUUAUACGUCCUGAAUCCUUGUUAAUGUGUCACGAUACUCAAUAAAUCCGCUACAUUUUACAUUGCUGUGGUCCGGACGACUGUUAAUUUCCUUAACAUGUGUUUGGGCGGAUUGUUCGAAUAAAAUGAUAACAUGGCUUGUUUCUGAGCCUAAAUGUUUGGGUCUCGAUAUAUUAACUUCCCCGGGACUGUAAGUUUUCAUCCCAUUAGCACUUGAAGGUGAUCAUCUCCAAGGUAUGCUUAGCUCAGUUUCACACAGAACGCUACUUCCUCCCGAGAGAACAUCCAACUUACUUUAUUGACUUAGUACAAAAAUAUUUAACUAAAUGUGGUGUGUAUUAUCCAUCAAUUUAUGUAGCCCAGAUUGCUUCCCUGUAUGACAGAUGAUUUACAGAAGUAUUAUAUCUCGACCAAUCACAUUCAUCGUCUUCGUCUACCAAACAAUGAUUCAGAUAGUCGGACACAUCAUUUUCCCAGAUGCGCAACAUUACGCACUCAAAUAAUUAUCUUGGGAAGUAAAUCCAGACGCGAUUUACUAGGUAAAGUAUUUGGCUCCAAAUAUGAUUCUGGUCAUGGCUUCUAGUAGUUAACAGAAUAUGCAUAAAAAUCCCAGUUAACAUUGUUACUGUGUAACGGGCUGUGUUUGUAAGGAAGUGAAGAAUUUCGAGACCGGUUGUUCUAAGUACCAAUUGUUCCUGUUGUGUAAACCUCUUGCAUACUGAAUUUGGAUGACAUCAAGAUCGUUGAAGAGUUUUGACUCACAAAAGUUUCGAAGUGAGAAAGUAUCCAUGUCCUGAUUGUUCUAUCCAAGAUUCACUACCUCAGUAUUUCACUGCAUGUUUCAAAAUAAUGAUUUACGAACAAGGACACUCAUACAGUUGUCCUAACGAUUCUGUUUCCAUCCAGACCUUGCAUAUCAAGAAAAUAUUCUAAAGACAAACCACGUAAAAUUAUACAUACGCUGUCAUUUGUCAGUGGUUGGGAUCUACGCCAUUACUGUUGUUUCAAACUGAGAAGGCAAGGUUCAGUAUUAAUCUUUGUAUAAAAUAAUUGGUCAUAUUACAGUAAAGACAAGUGUCUUGAUUCUUAGUUGCUGACAGUAAACAUUUUAUUACUUGAAAAUCAUAUCUCUUUCCAAGCAUAAGUGUUACGCGAUGGAUGAUCUUUCACUUGACUAGGUGGUACUUUGCUUGAACAGUAGUGAUACUUCCUGUCUAACUUAGUCAAAUUAGAUGAAGUGGUUUUUUUCUUGAGAUACGGGUAGCUUAACCACUCACCGACGAGCCGGCUACCGCUAGAUAGGGUGAGUGUUAGUAUCAGUCGCCACCCUGAUGGUGUCCAAGACAACCGUUUCUAUAGAAAACUGCGAUGUAAAUAGGAAGCUCAUAUACGAACACAAUCUUUCUCAAGGUAAUUUAAGGUAAGUGUGACUAACGUCUGUGAUCUUUCUUUGCAACAGAUGUCCGGAGAUCCUACCACCACCUUUGUCUACCGUUCAGAAAUGUUCUGAAAUAUUGACUUCCUCCCCCCUUGAAUCAUAGGAUGGUUGUCUGGAUGUAAUAUUAUAAAUAAAACUUUAUGUGUAUAGAGUAUACAAUCGUGGGGAUUUAUCACAGUGAUGAUUUAGCAGUUAAAGCGAUCGGCUCAACCAUAUGGUUUCACAUUCGAAGCACGCUAUAUCUACUUCGGUUUGGGCAACCAAAUAGUAUCAGUAACCUUAGUACAAAAAAAUGCAACCUGGUCGAUCCUGUGAGCCUCUAGUGUAUAAGUUAGUUACCACUGGAAGUUCCAGUCGCAAAUCAAUUUUAUGUCGGAUAUGGCUGUGACACGUUUCAGAAAUUUCUUUUUACCAGUUUGCUGAUCCUACACUACAACUAAUUAUGUAAAUAAUUAUGAAUAAUAUUAGUUAAUCGAAAUAUUUAUGAAUAUGACUUCAUGUGAAGGAGAUAACCGUUUGUAGGUGUCAUUAUUCUUCUUGAAUGUCAUAUUGUGUACACCCAAUCUUUUCUAUGACCAUUGAUACUGUUAUUUCAUCUACUAUUCUACCAUUUGUGUCGAUGGUUUCAUCUUGCUGUGUUAGUAGGGUACAGCAACGUGAACCCAUGCUCAUAUGUGCUAGGUUCUACUGGGCUUAGGACUGACUUAUUGUAUAUAAUUGGUAGUACAUGUACAAGACAAAAAGAAUAUUUUUCUUCUUAAUCAAGUCAAACAGUUUUUUAAUCCACAAAUCUAGAAAUUGUCAAAUUAGAUUCAAUAAAUACAAUUAUAAUAAUUGUCAGGUAAAAAAUAAGGUAUGUUCUGAUAUUUAUGUUUUCUUUCUGGAUCUUCACUCCUUUGUUUUUUUCCAUCUUAUUGUAGGUCUCAUUUACUUAUGCUUAAGUGGAUUGUUUGUCAUGUCAGAUCUGUCCUGUAACGCAGAUGUAACAGAUUCUUUUAACAUUACACAGAAUACACCUAUUCCUAAUUCAAAUUGCACUUUGUUGGAUGAUGUAAUUGUUGAAAAUCAUAAUGACUGUGAUCCAUGUACUCAAGGUCCGUCAGUUAAAAAACCUAGGUUAUUUGAGCAACAAGAUACUCUUUGUAAAUUGAAUAAUGGUUUCAAGGAUGGUUACAAUAUAUGCAACUUAAAAAGCUUACCAGAACUUCAAGAAGAACUUAAAAAAGUUCGACUUUGUUUCGAUUCAAAAUUAAAACUUGCUCUAAAAGAGAAAUUGUCCAGAUAUAUAUCUUUUAUUGAGACAACAGAAAAAACAGUAACUAGUUUAAAGGAAGAAAUAACUCAAUUAACAGGUCGAAUGGAUUUCAUUGAGUCUUCGUCAAAAGACUUGACGAAAUUGAUUAAUGAGCGAAUUCCUUUGCCUGCUCCAACAAGUGGUAUUGGUCAGUCGAGAACUCUUUCUUCUCAAGCUCCUCGUUUACCUGUACUAUCUCAUUCUCCUUCGGUAUCCGCGCCAGAUCGAUCUAUACAAACAGUGAAUCCUUCGAAUCGACAGCCGAAUCUAACUUCAUCGAAUUCUGUUUCAUCUAGAUUAUUAUCUGUUCUACCAAAAACUUUCGAACUUCAAUGUGUUCCUCCUCAAACUGCAUCAGGUACAGUUUUAGCUGUCCAGGUCAAUGAUACUAUUGACCUAACAUCAGACACUAAUAUAGAAAAUGCUUGGGAAGAACAUUUGGUUUCUGGCUCAACAAAUACGAAAAAAACAAAUAAACACAGUGCCACACCUCUUUCAAAUUUACAGAACGGGAUUAUUUCCACAAUAAAUGUUCCACCCUCAUUCACAUUUGACACUGGUAAUAGUCUGGAUAAUGGGAAUUCAAAGCAAUCAUAUUUGGACUUGGCAUCUUUAUCUCAAGCUCAGAAUAUAACUACUAAUCAAAUAACCAAUUCUCUACCAUACUCUGUUAUUCCCGAUGUUCAACUACUUCCUGUUGCUUUGCUACCUCCAGUUCCAACACAACCAGUAACUAAUAUCAACCAUCUUCCAUUGCAACCUGUUCCUCAGCUAACUAUUGCAGAAGCCGCUGAAGGAGUUUGUUUACAAUGGUCUAUUACCUAUCCAAUUGGAUCAUUUGAACCUGCUAUUUCUUAUGAAAUUUAUAGUUAUGCUUCAUCUGAAGUCAAUUUAGUCACUGUUCAAACGUCAUUACCAUGGAAAAAGGUUGGUGAGGUAGCCGCCUUACCUUUGCCUAUGGCGUGUACAUUAACUCAUGUUCAAGCGAAUAAUAUGUAUUAUUUUAUUGUUAGAUCAGUUGAUCGAUUACGUCGAUAUAGUUCAUGGUCAAAUGUUGUCAAUGCUUAUGUCAGUUGAAAAGCAUCAAGAAAUUUUCAAUAAACCUGGGGAUUUGAUUAAUGUCCCCCCUCCUUGAAAUAUUCCUUUAUAAAUGAAGAUAUGUGUACUUUUUCUAUUGCAUUUACCCAGUAAAAAUACGUCUGUACAGUUCUCAUCUAUGUCAGGAUGUGUGUAUGUAUGUAUGUAUGUAAAUUUUCUUUUCUUUGUAUUCAGGGAUUUUAGCCCUAAAUUGAUUUUCCCUCAGUUAUAUACUUUAAUAUUUUGUGAUCUAAACGAAAUAUGUAUCACAGUG